AUGGGGGUCGUAGCUUUUGAUGUCUGGGCGGCAGAGAAAGGUAUCGCCAAGUCCUUCGAUCUGAAAUUCCUUCAAGAUCGUGUCAUAGGCAUCGAUGCUGCCUACUACAUACAAAGUCUGAACAAAGAUCCCCUAUUGUCCGCGCUGGGAGGGCCUCCCCUGGCUUUCGAGUUGACCGUAAUCAACGCCGUGAAGCAAUUGCAAGAUGCUGGACUGAAAAUACACUUUGUUUUCAACGGCUUGGAAUCUGGCGUUGGAAGUGAUCCAGUUGCAAGCUCCGCAAGAGCUGCGCACUUGGCCAGUGAGGCUUUCACUCUCUAUGAAACCGAACAAGGCAAACAGGCCAGAGACGUGUUUAAGGCUUCAGGUCACUGUUAUCCCUCGGCGCUGUCCGAAAUCUUGAAAAAGACGCUUCAUGAGCAAGGCGUACCUUUCACCGUCGCACCUUAUAGCGCACUAGCUCAGCUUGUAUACUACGAUAAUCACCCAAGUCAAUUCAUCGACGCCGUGUACGGCCCAUCGGAGCUCUUUUGCUUCGGCAUCGACAAGCUCAUCACUAAAUUCGAGAUCACCGAUGAUAGCCAGCAUGUGGCCGAGAAGAACAAAUCGGAGUCUCCUGUCCUUGAGCUUGCAAGAUUUCAAUGGAUCGAUCGACGAGACUGUCUUGCAGCGCUCGGUAAUAUAUCUGUGAAUGUUUUCUCCGAUUCUCUCAUGUUGGCUGGUUCCGGCCUUCUCCCCGAAUUCCCACCUUUAGAAAACGAAACUGUCUACCGCAAACCAUUUAGUAUGCGCAACGUUGUCGACAUGCUCACAUCGUGUGGAGGUAGUGUUGCGCGCUUGUGUGCACAGUAUUCUACCGAUCCUGCUGUAAAAGGGGUCUACUUGGACCAGUACAAGAGGGCCUUGACAAGAAUCAGACACCACAUCAUAAUGACCGAUGAAGGAGAUGUUGAGAUCUUAGGCAAGGACCACGCUCCCGAUGAUGCUCAUGAAUGCAUUAGCCUACGUCUACCCGAAGAACUCUACAUGUAUCUCUCUCGUGGUAUGCUUCGUCCAAGGGUCCUCAACUGGUUGACCACUGGCAAGAUCUCUAUCAUACAGCCUCUUUCAGGCGGUGAUGGUCGACCUUAUCAAAAUCUUGUGAAGUUUCAGCUGGACCCAUUGAGGAGGCAGGCACUAUCGCUUUUGACUGAGCCAAUACAUCGGUAUUAUCAUUCGAGAGAUAUUACGACAAGCCUUUUGUUUGACCCCACAUACGAGGGGAGAUUCAACAUGAGGGAUGUAUCCUCUCCUCGGGACUUGCUGUCGAAGUGGAACGUCAAGAACAAUCUCAUAGCGGGGUAUUCCACAGAAGACUUGCCAGCAGGUACUCUCUCAUUUGCGAUCCUGAGCUUGGAGAAUCCCGAGUUUGCUGCGAAGACAGUCACGCAAAAGCCAAAGGCUGGACAAGAGCCCUUGAAGCACCGCGAUGAGAUACUCGCAAACGCAGUUUGGCGCUUGCUUCAGCUACGAGGUUACCUGAACGAGCAGCACCAGCUUACAGAGUGGGGCAAAGUAUUGGAAGCUGUUUGGUCGGCGUCAGGCACGAGGAGAGACGAGGAAGAGGCUGCGCUAAUUGCAGUAGAGCUGAUGCGUUUUGAGCUCAUUAAUCCGGACACCAUGUUUUUAGGUUAUGGUGGUGCACCGGGGAAUGGAUCAGAUAUUGACAAGCGCAAUGCCAUGCUGGUGUCCCGCGUUGCUUGUCUCGGCAAGAUUCGCCAUUCGGCCAAGGGCUAUAGUGGUCCCUUGAGUCGACACAUGCUCGCUUACCACUCGAUCGUGUCGAAUGUGCACACAAGCCUGCGUGAUUUGCUAGAGAUGAUCGUUGCGGCCAUGUUCUUGGAGGGACUCGUUGAUAGAGACCGCAACGACUGGGCGGAUAUCUCUCUCGGCUUGCCAUUCUACCAAGAGCAGUCAUGCGCUCUCGGGGUCUUGACAAUGCACUUUCUGGAUGACUUGUGCAACUACUCAGACCCUACAUCGGAGAGUACUCGGGCCGAAGUGAAAAAGAAAGGACAAGAGUGGAUUAUGCACGGCGAUUUCAGUGGCAGCUUAGACGAUGCUUUCCGCAUUUGGGAUGCAGUUUACCAAGGAGUCAAGGUAGCUGGUAACAAGUUGAAAGAUACCGACAUCUGGGAUGAAGUCGAUACCUGGCUAUCUCAGAGGAAAUGA